AUGGAAAAUUCAAUGUAUAAUGAAAUUACUGAACUGCCAUUAGAUAUUUAUCUAUUACCAGAUGAUAUAUUGGUACAUAUAUUUAGUAUGUUAUCAUUCAAAGACCUUCUUAAUAUUAGAGAAAGUUGUAAAAAAUUUUAUAGACUUAUCGAUAAUAAUCGUUAUCGUGUUAGUAUUAAAAAUGCUUCUAGAAUUGUUAUUGAAAGUAACAAAAAAUGGGGAAGAUCUACUUUUGGUCUUCGUAUUGAUAUCAUAAAACCUGAUCUUUUUAAAGGUAUUAAUCUUAAAAUGUUUACAAAGAAUGAUAUUGAGAAUGGUAAUGAACUUUCUAAAAGUUUUAACUUUUUUGAUAUAAAAAAUCUUUUUAGUCUCAAUAUCAUUGACUGUGGUAGUGGUAAAAUUUUUAAAUCAUUAAAAAAUUCUUUUAAAAAUGUUACACAAUUAAAUACAGUUUAUAUUGAUAGAGUUGGUAUUCAUGAUUUUGAAGAUUUACAAAAUCUUAUUGAAAAUUUAGGAAAUAUUAAACAUCUUGAAAUAAGACAUAUUUGUAUAGGUAAACCAAAAGAAGAAGAAAAAGAAAGUGAUAAAAUGUAUCCAUCUUUAAUGUUACCUUCAACAACAACAUUAGAAAGAUUAAUCUUAACUGAAUGUGAAAAUACUAAAAUUCUUGAUAAUAAUUUAAUGAAACAAUUAAUUUAUAAUAAUAAAAAUUUAAGAGUUCUUGAAGUUUCAUCAACAAAUGAUAUUUUUACUAAACAACUUAUUAAUGAUUUUCUUAAAGCACAAGAAACUACUACAAAAUCUAAUCUUUGUGAUCAUACAGAAGUUACACUUUUUCUUAAAUGUACUUAUGGUAUAGAUGAAACUCCAGUGUCAAUUUCUCAAAAUAUAACUCUUUUUGUUCAUGGAAAAAAUUUAUCUAAAGUUAAUUUUGGGGAUUUAGGUAAACAUAUUUGUAUCUUUAAUUUUUGUGGAAAUUGCAAACAACUUCAUAGUUGGAUAAAUAUUAUGUUUGGUAGUGAAGAUAAAUAUCAUAAUGAUGGUUUAUCUUAUUAUUAA